UGUCCUGUGGAGCAGCCGGUAGUCCAUUGCUAACUACAGCGUGUAUGUCACCCUCUUGUCGCUGUGUCCUCAGCCCUGACUUUCUGUCCGAGUGCACAUCUCUUACUCUAUUUCAACAUCUGUCUCUCGCCUACGACUUCCAACACUUUAUAGAGAGGAGCCAGUGGCCGGUUUUCAGUCUGGAGGGCAAGGUCCCAGCAGUGUCCAGAGGGGAUGACAGUGGUGAGGUCAGUUCCCUGUCUGGAGAGCAGAAGCCUGAUUGGCUGGGCCUUGCCACGCUGCAGCUGAGCCAGGGAGACAGUGGCGGGUCUGGCACCUGGCAGACAGAGAGCAGCCUGGUAGAGUCCUGGUCCACCGUGGGAAACAUGAUGGACCCCGAGGACACCAAGAGCCUGGACAGCAGCGACGGUGUGGUUCACCUAGCUGAGGAGCGCAGCGAGAACCACUCCUCCAUCUCCGACAUGGUCCACCUAGAGCGGGAGGAGGAGGAGAUGCUGGCAGAGGAGGAGGAGGAGGACGGGAGCCUGGGGGAAGAGGAGGAGCUGCAGGCCAGUGUGAUGAGUGUGCUGGGGGGAGAAGGAGAACUGGCUGAGCUCAGGGAAGAGUAUCUGGACACCCAGGAAUUAUUACCUUCAUCUGAGGUGUCAGCUGACCAGCAAGAGACUAUGGAUUUAAUGAUGUCUGUGGCUGAGGAGCUAUUUGUCCAAGAGGAGCCUUCUGAAGUAUCCCACGCCACCACCGUCUCUAUGCCCAUGCCAGUUUGGAAGCUAGAGCCCCCUUCUGCCUCCUCUACUCCUGUCCCCUCAAUACCUACGUUAGCUGAGUUACAUUCAGAGCUCCAAUACUCUAUGCAGGAGCAGCUCCACCCUCCCCCGGUCCUAGGACCAGGAGCACCACAGCCACCAGAUGAGAGACAAACUAACAGCCAACCAGAGUCCUCGGUCUCGCUCCCCGCUGCCCAGGAGACACAGGAAAUCCCACCAGUGACGCAGGAGGUUCCGCCAGAGAAGAUAGAGGCUGAGCCUGCUACAUCGCUCCCUGCCACUGAGCUACCUGUGCUGAUGUGUGGGGGCGCUGCAAUGGUGGCUAUUGUGGGAGUGUUAGCUUAUGGGGCUGUGGCCUACUGCAGAAAGUAGCAAACCCCUAACCUGUGAGCCCCAGCAGCCAAAACCCAGGUCUUUUCAAAUCUACUCUAAACUAUUCCACCAAGUACAUACUGGAUUUUACACAAUGCGUUUCUUUGCAUAUAUGUAGUAUUAUGAAGGUGCGGUUGCAUUUUUUAUCUAUUUCCUGUGCUAACUCAGUUCACGGAAGAGCUCAGGAGAUUUGGAAGAGCAAGAAUUUUGGUUUCUCUGUAAAUUCACAGGAAAUUACGCUUAAAAUAUCUUAAAAAACA